ACUCACUUCUCUGUGGCGGAGACAUCAGUGUGUCAGUCGGUGACCCAACUGGAGGCUCUGCAGGCUGUGGUGGAGUGUCAACAACCAGAAGCUGACCUGUACAGGUUUGUCGGUCGGAUUACGAUUACUCAGCAAGAUGAGGAGAUAGUCAGACCGCUGGGUCCUGAGAAUUUGCUGCUACGAGGAGCCAGGUUGAAAAACACCAAAGAGAUUUUUGCUGUGGCGGUUUACACAGGGAUGGAGUCCAAGAUGGCGCUGAACUAUAAGGGCAAGUCUCAGAAGCGCUCUGCAGUGGAGAAGUCCAUGAACACCUUCCUCCUCAUCUACCUGGGCAUCCUGCUGUUCGAGGCCAUCCUCAGCACCAUCCUGAAGUACGCCUGGCAGGCUGAGGACAAAUGGGACGAGCCUUUCUACAACCAGAAGACUGAACAAGAGAGAAACAGCAGUCCGAUCUUGAAGUUUAUCUCAGACUUCCUGGCAUUUCUGGUCCUCUAUAACUUCAUUAUCCCCAUCUCGCUCUACGUUACUGUGGAGAUGCAGAAGUUUCUUGGCUCCUUUUUCAUUGGCUGGGAUUUGGACCUUUACCACGAAGAGACCAACCAGAAAGCUCAGGUCAACACAUCUGACCUCAACGAGGAGCUGGGACAGGUGGAGUAUGUGUUUACAGAUAAGACGGGUACGCUAACGGAAAACGAGAUGCGCUUCCGUGAGUGUUCAAUCAAUGGCAUCAAGUACCGGGAAGUUAACAGCAAACUGGUGCCGGAGGGAAUGACUGACGAUUCACCAGACGGUUCUACACCUCACCUGAUGGGUGAGGAAUUAUUAUUUCUCAAGGCGGUGUCCUUGUGUCACACGGUUCAGAUCAGCUACGAUCAGCCAGACGGGGGCGGAGACCCAUUUUCCCAUUCAAAUGGUUUCUCUACCAAUCACAUAGAGUACUACGCCUCUUCACCCGACGAGAAAGCUUUAGUAGAGGCAACAAAGAGGUGAGGGU